GUUUACUGCGCGGCUUCACAGUGAGGCUAGUGGGCAAUGUGUGAUGGUGGAGGUCAGGGAGACUGGAUGGCGAGAGGGCGCGAGUGUGUGGCGGCGGCGGACGAGCACCCCGAAUAGUGGAGCACCCGCAGGCCAUGGUCGUGAGGCGAGGUGACCCUGCCACACUGAACUGUGCCGCCGAGGGUGACCCCACGCCCGACAUCACCUGGUUGAGGGACGGCCAGACAGUGACCACCUCGGCGGACGAUCCUCUGUCCCACCGCGUCCUCUUCCCGUCCGGCUCCCUCUUCUUCCUGUCCACGCGGGCCGGCAAGAAGGACACGGACUCCGGCACCUAUACCUGCACGGCGGCCAACCUGCACGGCGCCGCCACCUCCAGGAACGCUACGCUCACCAUAGCCACGCUGCGUGAUGAGUUCCGCACGGUGCCAAGGGACGUGGUGGCGGCCUCGGGGGAGCGGGCCGAGAUGCUGUGCGCGCCCCCGAGAGGGAACCCGGCCCCGCAGCUCUCCUGGACUCGAAACGGACACCCGAUUGACUUAGAGCAGGAAGGAGAGAGAGUGCGGCUGCAGGAGGACGGCACGCUGCUAAUCACUGAGGUGCUGCAAACGGACGAGGGAGAGUAUGUGUGUCACGCCACCAACCAGGCGGGCAGGCGCAGCUCCCCGCCAGCCAUCCUCGACGUGCUGGUGGCGCCGUUCUGGGUGAAGGCGCCGCGGGACGUGGUGGGGGUGGCGGGGGAGAGGGCUGAGCUCAGCUGCCGAGUUGGGGGAGACCCACCCCCGACUGUGGUGUGGCGGCGAGUGGGGGGCCGCAUCCCCGUGGGCCGCGUGCGGGUGCUGCGGGACCGCGGCCUGCGUGUGGCGCCGCUGCGGCCUGAGGACAGCGGCGUGUACUUGUGCAAGGCGACCAACAAGGCUGCUGAGAUCACCGCCAACGCCUCGCUCACCGUGCUCACCGCCCCCCAGGUGGUGGAGGUGCCCGGCGACGUGGAGGUGCAGGAGGGAGGCCGCCUGGCCCUCAGCUGUGCCGUGGAGGGCCGCCCGCCGCCCCUGGUGUAUUGGACACGCGAGGGCUCUCAGACGGUGCUGCCCACCACCCGCACGCCCCUGCCUCUGGGGCCGCCCCGAGGCGAGGAUGCUGGCGAGAUAGGUGGAGUGCGGGCGGCCUACGAAGUGCUACACGCCGCCCACCACCUCUCAGGGCGCUACGUGUGUGGGGGUGUGAACCGCGCGGGCGGCGUGAUGACUCGCGUGACGGUGAAGGUGCGGCCCUCCCACCUCCUGCCGCCACCCAUCAUCUCCGUGCCGCCUUCAAACCAGACCUUACAAGUGGGCGGGCGGGCCGCUCUCUUCUGCCGUGUGUGGGGCUCCCCGCCCCCAACUGUGAGCUGGAGAUACCGUGGGCGGGCGGUGACGCCCAAUGCCAGAAGAAAAAUUCUGCCUGAUAACACCCUCACUAUUGACGAUGUGCGGGGGGAUGACGCGGGACGGUACUGGUGCGUGGCCUCCUCCCCACGGGGCGUCACGGAGGCCGGGGCAUUCAUCUCCCUCGCCGCCCCGGGCCGCCCUCCAUCCCCAGCCCCAGAUCCUGCAACAGCCCCCCGCCCCCCGCCACGCCCACUGUGCGGGUGGCCAACGAGACUGCUGCUGUGGUAGAGUGGGCGGCUCCGGGCGGCGAGGGCGGCGUGACGGGCUACACUCUGGAGUACUACAGCAGCGAGGAGGACGGGGGCGCGGCCUGGCGGGUGGCAGCCGCCCACACUCCACACACCACCUUCACCCUGGGUCC